AAAUCCCAUAUUUCUUCUCUUUUCUGUCUUCUCUCUCGUUCACUGUUUUUCUGCGUUUCUCCCCCAAAUCUCUAUUUUUCUCCAUCCAAUUCGUACCGCUUAAUCUCCGUUCUCACUCCAGUUAGGGUUUUGAGGGGGGUUAGGAUUUGCUCUUUUGCUAUUCAAUUCUCCGACCUCAACCUCGAUGGGUCGAAAGAAGCCUACCACCCGGGAUGAAGAGCCCGCCGCCGCCACCGGAAACACCAAGUCGAAGAAGAAGGCGCAAGUAAUCGACGAUGACGAGUACUCGAUCGGGACUGAGUUCUCAGAGGAACCGCCGGCUCUGGAGGAGAAAGUUGAGCCGGUUGCCGGAAAAAAGAAGGGCAAGAAGGGAAAUUCGAAGUCGGCGUCGCAGCUGAGAGAUGAUGAUCAGGAAGAGUCGGAGGAGGACGAGGAUGUGGCGCCGGUUGUCUUCGAUGGGAAGAAGAAGGGGAAGCCGAAGAAAACUGGUAAUAGUAGUGGUUUCAGUGCAUUGCUUGUGGAGGAUGAUAACGAUCAAGGGUCUGGAUUGAAUGAGGAUAGAGAUGAAGGGAGUGAGGGAGAAGAUGGGAGUGUGGUGAGUUUUUCGGGUAAGAAGAAGUCAUCGAAGAAAUCUUCGAAGAAGAGUAGUAGUAGUUUGUUAAGCGCAGGCUCCUUCGGAGCCGUUGAUGAUGGCGAUGAUGAUGAAGAUGAAUCAAAUAAAUCAGAGAAUAAUGAUCCUCCAGUAAUUGCUUUUACUGGGAAGAAGAAGUCAUCCAAAGGUAAUAAGAAAGGUGGAGUUUCGAGUUUUGAUGUUUUGGAUGAAGCAGAUGGAAUUGAUAGUACAAUUUCAGAGCAACAAUCUGUAGAUGAGGCUGAUGACGCUCCUGUAAUUUUUACUGGAAAGAAGAAGUCAUCCAAAGGGAAUAAAAAGGGUGUGCAAUGUUUUGCGGCCUCUAGUUUUGAGGGACUUGGUGAAGGGGAUAAGGAUAGUGAUGAGAAGAAUGAAGAGGAUGAAGAUAUUGCUUUUAUUGCUUUUUCUGGCAAGAAAAAGUCUUCUAAUUCUUCCAAGAAGACUAGUAAUAUAUUUAGUGUUGCAUCGGAUGAUGAGGAUAAGGAUGAAGAUGUUUCUGUAUCAGAAGCUGCUCAGGUAGAAGAUGAGGAAGAUGCCUCAAAGAUUGCCUUUUCAGGGAAGAAGAAGUCUUCGAAGAAGAAGAAUAAUAAUGUUCUUUCUGAAACUGGGCUUGGAACUGAUCUUGCAGAUGUAGUGGAAUCUGAACAACCUAGUGUUGGAACAGUUGAUAAUGAAGGUAAUGAUUCCAAAAGUAAUAAACAGGUAAGUGGAGUGGUGGAAACUUCAAAGAACAAGAAGAAAAAGAAAAAGAGUGGAAGAACUGCACAAGAAGAGGAUGACUUGGAUAAAAUUCUUGCAGAGCUAGGUGAAGGGUCGUCUUCUCUGAAACCUACUACUCCACAAGAGGAGAAAGUUCAGGUUCAGCCUGAACCAGUCCAAGCAGCAGAUGCUACAGUUGAAAAAGAAGGUGAAGAAGAAGGUGUGGAGUCUGCUGCCAAGAAGAAGAAAAAGAAGAAGGAAAAGGAAAAAGAGAAGAAGGCAGCAGCAGCAGCAGCUGCUGCGGGUGUAGUGGAGGUCAAGGAAGAAAAACAGGUUGAAACAAAGAGUAAAGUUCCAGACAAGAAAUUACCAAAACAUGUAAGGGAGAUGCAAGAGGCACUUGCUAGGCGCAAAGAAGCAGAAGAGAGGAAGAAAAGAGAAGAGGAGGAGAGACUAAGGAAGGAAGAAGAAGAACGGCGACGACAAGAAGAACUUGAGAGGUUGGCUGAGGAGGCGAAGCGCAGGAAAAAGGAAAGGGAAAAGGAAAAGCUUUUGAAGAAGAAACAGGAAGGUAAAUUGUUGACAGGAAAGCAGAAAGAAGAAGCCCGUAGGAGGGAGGCAAUGAGGAACCAAAUACUGGCCAAUGCAGGAGGUUUGCCCAUCUCCACUGGUGAUGCACCAACAAAACGGCCCAAGUAUCAGACGAAGAAGGUGAAGUCACAUCCCUCUCAAGCAAAUGGUGCUGCCCCUUCUAAGCCAGAUGAAAACACCGAAGCAAAGGAAAGCCUGCCAGAAACUGUGUCUGAGGUGGAUUCCUUGGAACCAGAGAAGCUUGAAGAAGUGGACUCAGUGGAUGUUGAGGAGAAAUUGGAAAUCACUAAUGCAACUGAAGAGAAUGGGGUUGAAGAAGAAGAAGAUGAUGAAGAAUGGGAUGCAAAGAGCUGGGAUGAUGCAGUAGUCACACUGCCUGAUAAAAGUGCAUUUGCUGAUGAAGAGGCUGACUCUGAGACUGAGCCUGUGGUGAGAAAAGAGAUGAAGGUUGCAGCACUGCCUGCAUCUCGCAAUGUUGGGGUCACUCCUGCUGCUGCCAAGACCUCCAUUGUGCCAAAAACAGUUGUUCCUACCCAGCCAAUCAAGACUCAGGAUGUUAGAAGUGAGAAAAGCCAGAUCGAGGUUGAAGUUACAAAUAAAAGUAGGAAAAAAGCAGCACCAAGUUCAGAUGCCCCUCCCCAAGGAACUGAAGAGAACCUUCGUUCUCCAAUUUGCUGCAUCAUGGGCCAUGUUGAUACUGGUAAAACCAAGCUGCUAGAUUGUAUUCGAGGCACUAAUGUUCAGGAAGGUGAGGCUGGGGGUAUCACACAACAAAUUGGUGCAACAUAUUUCCCUGCAGAAAACAUAAGGGAGAGAACUAAGGAACUGAAAGCUGAUGCAAAUCUGAAGGUCCCUGGUCUAUUGGUUAUUGAUACCCCUGGGCAUGAAUCCUUCACUAAUUUGCGGUCCCGGGGUUCAGGCUUAUGUGACAUUGCGAUUUUGGUGGUGGAUAUUAUGCAUGGAUUAGAACCGCAAACGAUAGAAUCUCUCAAUCUUUUAAAAAUGAGGAAUACAGAAUUCAUUGUUGCCUUGAAUAAGGUGGACAGAUUAUAUGGGUGGAAAGUUUGCCGCAAUUCUCCAAUUCAGAAGGCAAUGAAGCAACAGUCUAAGGAUGUACAAAAUGAGUUCAAUAUGCGGCUCACUCAGAUCAUCACACAGUUCAAGGAACAAGGAUUAAAUACUGAGUUGUACUAUAAGAACAAAGAAAUGGGGGAAACUUUCAGUAUUGUACCUACUAGUGCAAUCAGUGGUGAAGGCAUCCCAGACCUAUUGCUAUUAUUGGUUCAUUGGACUCAGAAAACAAUGGUUGAGAAACUCACAUACAGCAGUGAAGUGCAGUGUACGGUGUUGGAGGUCAAGGUUGUCGAGGGCCAUGGGACAACCAUUGAUGUUGUGUUGGUUAAUGGUGUGCUUCAUGAAGGGGAUCAGAUAGUUGUUUGUGGCAUGCAGGGCCCUAUUGUUGCCACAAUUCGAGCUUUAUUGACACCACAUCCAAUGAAGGAACUUCGUGUCAAGGGAACUUAUUUGCAUCAUAAGCAAAUCAAGGCUGCACAAGGUAUCAAGAUCACCGCACAGGGCCUUGAGCAUGCCAUUGCGGGAACUGGUCUAUAUGUGGUAGGGCCUGAUGAUGAUUUGGAAGAUAUCAAGGAAGCAGCCAUGGAAGAUAUGAAGUCAGUCUUGAGUAGGAUUGACAAGAGUGGUGAAGGAGUUUAUGUUCAAGCAUCUACUCUUGCCUUGGAAGCAUUGCUGGAGUUCUUAAAGAGUCCAGCAGUGAGUAUUCCUGUUAGUGGUAUAGGCAUUGGCCCUGUACAUAAAAAGGAUGUCAUGAAGGCUAGUGUCAUGCUUGAGAAGAAGAAGGAAUAUGCUACUAUCUUGGCAUUUGAUGUCAAAGUGACCCCUGAGGCUCGAGAACUUGCAGAUGAUAUGGGUGUGAAGAUAUUUAUUGCUGAUAUAAUUUAUCACUUGUUUGAUCAGUUUAAGGCCUAUAUCGAUAAUCUCAAAGAGGAAAAGAAGAGGGAAGCUGCUGAUGAAGCAGUCUUUCCAUGUGUACUUAAAAUUAUGCCCAACUGUAUUUUCAACAAGAAGGAUCCAAUUGUUUUGGGAGUCGAUGUUCUUGAAGGGAUUGCGAAGGUUGGGACUCCAAUUUGUAUUCCUCAAAGGGAUUUUAUUGAUAUUGGCCGGAUUGCAUCCAUUGAGAAUAACCACAAGCCAGUUGAUAUUGCCAAGAAAGGCCAGAGGGUGGCGAUCAAGAUAACCAGCACCAAUCCUGAGGAGCAGCAAAAGAUGUUUGGAAGGCAUUUUGAGAUGGAGGAUGAACUUGUCAGCCAUAUCAGCAGAAAGUCAAUUGAUACACUUAAAGCUAAUUACCGAGAUGAUCUGUCUCUUGAUGAGUGGAAGUUGGUUGUGAAACUGAAAACCCUCUUCAAGAUACAAUGAGUGUUGAGUUGAUAAAAUGGCUUUUCAAGUACACAGCAUUCAUGCCUCGGUGGCUCAGUGUAAAGAUACAGAAGCUCUUACAUGAAAGAGGGAAUGGGUUUAUAACUUUAAACCGCACUGGUCGGGAUUAGGAAUGGGAUUGUUUGAGGAUAUGAGAAGGGGAGGGGUUGCAGGUCCCAAAUUUUCUUGCAUGAGAGGCAUUUGUCUAGGGACAACAGCCAUUGAUUUUUCUGCUUUGUGCGUCUUGAAAUGGUUUUACUUUUUAUCUCUGUGAUGAUAAAUAUGUAGCAAUCGCGGGAGUGCCAGGCUGAGUGUAAUUUUUCAGAGCUUUUGCCAAUUUUAUCUUUUUCCUAAUGAAUUCUUGUUAUUCUUUUUGAAUGAUGAGUUGCUCAAACGGGGCCUUUUUCCCCUACACCACUGGACAAGGCCAAAAAUAAAUGAACGUCUGCACGUCAUUUUACCUGGCAAAAUCUUAUAAUGAUGAUGUGAUAGUUUUACGACUUUCUAA